UAUUGUUUUUUACAGUGUACUUUUGGGUACAUUUAUUUAUUUAUUUAUUUAUUUAUUAUUUUGGCCUUUGUUUCAGAGAUAUUUCUGCUAAGACGUUCAGCUAGGCUCACUUUUGUUUUUUUGUAUGCGAAUCUGCAUUACGGAACGCCUAUUCUUUUGCUAUUGAAGUGUGGUGACCAUUUUAAUAUUUCAGCCAUGUUGUGUGAGGUGAGUGAAAUAGGAGUGACCACAGGAUGACCAAAACCAGCCAGAGGAAAUGGACUGAUGUCUCUGGUUAAUGUUUAACCCUUCUCAUAGGAACAGCACACACAGUCACAGCACUCAGCAUUAAUGGAGGAACUCAAAAAAUGAUCUAACAUUCAAAGCAGAGGCAAAUAAGAGAGAAUAAUGAUUCACAUAAUUAGGUUUCAGCACUACCAACAGUUGGUCGUUUCUGUUGUGAAUUGUUUGUCUUGACCCUCACUAGGUGUUGCGUGAAGAGAUCUUUUUGUAUGGAAUUUGUGACUUGAUGCUUUUGUCACUAAGAGACUUGACCAGUUUUUGUGGAAUAGCCAGAUCCUGCUGGAGCAUAUUUCCAGAGUUAAUGAGCUGGAUUCUGAAGCGUUACACCUGGGAAGUGACUCUAAACUGGCCAUAGUAUCACACAGAGAUCCAGCAGUGGGAAGGAAUAUUCAGCAUUCAACCAAUCACUGUGUGGCGAACCAAAAAAUCAAUCUGCUGUAAUUUCCUUUCAUGGGCCGUGGUUUCCUCAAUCCAUCACAUAAUGAACAGGAAAGGAACUUACUGGAGGAAGGAAUUGAAGGAUCAACAGAUCCGCAAAUAAACCCGUACAUGAUCAGCAAUGUGGGUAGACUCCCCAGCUCCUUCACCACUCACAAAUGUGUUGGUGCAUCUGACACUUUGCAAAUCUGUUGAUUCCAGCAACUAAAGAAUUGGUUUAAAAAGAAAAAUACUGAUUGAAGAAACUAGUUUGAACUCCUGCCAACAUCAACCUUGCUCCAUGAAGGCCGCAUUAGAAACCAACUGAAGCAAUGAGGUGUCAACUGAAGUAUUACUUGCAUUACUUGGUUCUGUUGGGCUUCAGCUGUGUAAUUUCUACCUAUGGCCCGUAUCAGAGGGCCCAGAAGACAGGAGACAUACUGCUGGGGGGGCUUUUCCCGAUACACUUUGGGGUGGCUUCCAAAGACCAGGAUCUUGCAGCAAGGCCAGAGUCAACUGAGUGUGUCAGGUAUAACUUUCGUGGAUUCCGUUGGCUACAAUCUAUGAUCUUCGCUAUAGAGGAGAUUAACAACAGCUCUACUCUUCUUCCAAACCUCACGCUUGGCUAUCGUAUAUUUGACACAUGCAACACUGUCUCGAAGGCCCUGGAGGCGUCGCUAAGCUUUGUUGCACAGAAUAAGAUCGAUUCGCUCAACUUGGAUGAGUUCUGUAACUGCACAGGGAACAUCCCAUCAACCAUUGCAGUGGUUGGGGCGUCUGGAUCUGCAGUGUCUACAGCAGUGGCUGACCUAGUGGGCCUCUUCUACAUUCCUCAGAUCAGCUAUGCUUCAUCCAGUCGCCUUUUGAGCAACAAGAAUCAGUACAAAUCCUUCAUGAGAACAAUCCCCACAGACGAGUAUCAGGCUAUUGCUAUGGCUGCCAUCAUUGACCACUUCCAGUGGAACUGGGUGAUUGCCAUCGCCUCUGAUGAUGAAUAUGGCCGUCCGGGUAUUGAAAAGUUUGAGAAUGAAAUGUUUCACAGGGACAUCUGCAUCGAUCUCAAUGUUUUAAUUUCACAAUACAUUGACGAAGCUGAGAUUCGCCGCCUGGCGGACCGCAUCGAGAACUCAACCGCCAAGGUCAUUGCUGUGUUUGCUAGCGGACCAGAUGUGGAGCCACUUAUUAAAGAGAUGGUGAGGCGAAACGUCACAGACCGGGUCUGGUUGGCGAGUGAGGCGUGGGCCAGCUCUAGCCUGGUCGCCAAGCCAGAGUACAUCGAUGUCAUGGGAGGAACGAUUGGCUUUGCGUUGAGGGCUGGACACAUACCCGGCUUUAAAGAGUUCUUACAGCAAGUCCAUCCAAAGAAGUCCAGCCAUAAUGAGUUUGUGAGGGAGUUUUGGGAGGAGACUUUUAACUGUUACCUAGAAGAUAGUCCAAGGAACGAGGACAGUGAAAAUGGCAGUACAAGUUUCAGGCCUCUGUGCACUGGUGAAGAGGACAUUGCAAGUGUAGAGACUCCGUACCUGGACUACACGCACCUAAGGAUUUCUUACAACGUGUACGUGGCUGUUUAUGCCAUAGCACAGGCACUUCAGGACAUACUUACCUGCACACCUGGAAAAGGGUUGUUUGCUAAUGGCUCUUGCGCUGACAUUAGGAAAGUUGAAGCGUGGCAGGUUCUGAAACAGCUGAGACACCUCAACUUCAUAAACAGCAUGGGGGAGAGGGUGCGCUUUGACAACGGCAGUGAGCUCUCAGCAAAUUAUACCAUCAUAAAUUGGCAUCGAUCACCUGAGGAUGGGUCUGUUGUGUUUAAGGAAGUUGGUUAUUACAGCAUACAUAACAAGAACGGGGCCAAACUUUCCAUCGACAAGACAAAAAUACUGUGGAACGGCCGUCUUACUGAGGUACCAUUUUCCAACUGUAGCGACGAGUGUGAACCAGGAACCAGAAAAGGAAUUAUUGAUGGCAAACCCACAUGCUGCUUCGAGUGCACAGAGUGCUCAGAUGGGGAGUACAGUGAUCAUAAAGAUGCCAGUGUUUGCUCUAAAUGCCCAAACAACUCCUGGUCUAACGGCAAUCACACGUCCUGCUUUCUGAAGGAGAUUGAGUUUCUGUCCUGGACCGAGCCUUUUGGGAUCGCUUUAACCUUAUUUGCGGUGCUUGGGGUCCUGCUAACAGCUUUUGUGUUGGGUGUUUUUGUGCAGUUCCGUGACACUCCAGUUGUGAAAGCAUCCAACCGAGAGCUCUCGUUUCUUUUGCUCUUUUCGCUUAUCUGUUGUUUCUCCAGCUCUCUUAUAUUCAUAGGCGAACCACAGGACUGGACAUGCCGUGUACGGCAACCAGCCUUUGGGAUCAGCUUUGUGUUGUGCAUCUCUUGCAUUCUUGUUAAAACCAAUCGUGUCCUACUAGUGUUUGAAGCCAAAAUCCCCACCAGCCUGCACCGUAAAUGGUGGGGACUGAACCUGCAGUUCUUACUAGUGUUCCUCUUCACGUUUGUCCAAGUGAUGAUCUGCGUGGUUUGGUUGUACAAUGCUCCACCGGGGAGUUACAAAAACUAUGACAUCGACGAGAUCAUCUUCAUCACCUGCAACGAGGGCUCCAUGAUGGCGUUGGGAUUCCUCAUUGGCUACACGUGCCUGCUGGCCGCCAUCUGUUUCUUCUUUGCAUUCAAGUCUCGAAAACUUCCCGAAAACUUCACGGAGGCCAAGUUCAUCACGUUUAGUAUGCUCAUUUUUUUCAUCGUUUGGAUCUCCUUCAUCCCCGCGUACUUCAGCACGUACGGCAAGUUUGUCUCAGCGGUUGAGGUCAUUGCCAUUCUGGCUUCCAGCUUCAGUUUGCUAGCCUGUAUCUUUUUCAACAAGGUGUACAUCAUCCUCUUAAAACCAUCCAGGAACACGACCGAGGAGGUUCGCUGCAGCACCGCAGCUCAUUCUUUCAAAGCGGCGGCGAAGGCGACUCUACGACACAGCUCUGCCUCCAGGAAGCGAUCAGGCAGUGUGGGGGGCUCCUCGGCCUCCUCGCCCUCUUCGUCCAUCAGCAUGAAGACCAAUGGGAAUGAAGCGGAGUCGCCCUCUACACGCAGACACAGUCAGAAACCGAGGGUGAGCUUUGGAAGUGGAACAGUCAGUCUCUCCUUGAGCUUUGAGGAGGCUAGAAAGAACUCGGUGAAGUGAUUAAUAAGAACUCGUGUUUCCGUCGUAUCCGAAAGUCAUUUUCUAGAAUCAACCUCCACUAAAUGUGAAAACAGACUAGUCUCUGUCAACAAUGCUUAGACCUGCCAGAACUCAUUUCGUGCAAGCCAUUGGCACUUUUUACGUGUAAAAUGUAACACAGAAGCAGAUAAAUAAAACAAAAACACCUGAUUUA